CCCAGCACCCCGCCUCCUCCUGGGCUCCGGCUGCCGGAGCGAGCGGCUCCAGCCACCGGAAACCCGACCGCCUGCCGCCGCUGCAGCGGAGUUGUUGCGAAGCGGAGCGAGGAGGAGGCGGGGGCAAGGCGCCGGGGCCAGGCUGGCUGCACGUCCCGCUGCCCGGGCAGGCGGAUCCGGACCCCCGCCGGGAGUGACCCCCCCGGCCCGGCAUGUGUGAGCGCCCGGAUCCGGGGUCUGCACCAGCCGCGGGGCUCCGGCCGGGGACCAGCCCGUGACUGGCGGCGAGGAGGGGACGCUAGCGGGCUCCGGCCAUGGAAGAGGAGGGUGUGAAAGAAGAGGUCACGGAGAAACCAAAACGUGCUCCAACCGCAGACAAAGCUGGCUGGAUUAAGAAAAGCAGUGGAGGUCUUUUGGGAUUAUGGAAAGAUCGUUACAUCCUGUUAUGUAAAACGCAGCUACUGGUGUAUGAAGAUGAGGAGGAACAGAAAUGCUUAGAAACGGUGGAACUGGAGAGAUAUGAGAAGUGCCAGGAUCUGCGCGCUCUCUUGAAAAGGAAAAACCGUUUCAUUUUAAUUCGAUCCCCGGGUAAGAAGGUCCAUGAUAUCAAAUUUCAGGGGCAGAAUGCGGAAGAGAAAGAAUCAUGGAUGAAAGCCCUGAAUGAAGGGAUCAGCAGAGCCAAAAAUAAAAUACUUGAUGAGGUGAAGGUAGAUCAGAGCCUUUCCCUGGAACAUGUGACUCGAGACAGAGUGAAAGUGAGUCAUGGGCGCAGACCACCCACCAGAAUUCACCUGAAAGAGGUUGCCAAGUCUACAUCGGAUGGAAUCUUGAGGCUGGAUCUGGAUAUAGUAGAUAAUGGCCCCCCAGACUUCACCUUGACUGUGAGCGAUAAUGAGAACGUCCCUCCUCCAAAGGAAACUCCAAAGCCACCUAUGCCUCCUACAAAGCCCAGUGUCGUGUCAGAGAAGCCGAGUGUGGAUAAUAGCGUUGCUGAUCAAGAGCUUAAAAAGCCUCCGUUGCCUCCAGCUAAGACGUUGAAGGAGAGUACACCGUCAAAGGAUGAUCUAAACGACAAAGACGUGGGUUCAGUCAGUCAAGGUGAAGAGGGUGAAGAACCCAAAGCCUCACCAGGGGACAAUGAAGAGAAUCUCAUGGAGGUCAGCGACAGCAGCACGGCAAAGCCUCCGAUUCCUCCUCCUAAAAUCUUAUCGGACAAGCUGAAAGGGGUCAGCUGGGAUGAACCAGCCCCUCACUCUCAAAGCACAGAAGGUUUGGAACCAUCCAAACGUGGCAGUAAAGAAAACCUCACAGAGGUGGUCGCAACGGCUACUGUGAAACCUCCACUUCCUCCUAAGAUUUUAUCAGAAAAAUUGACAGCAAGUAUGGAUGCCACCCCGAGCAGUUUAGAGGCGAAGAGUUCAGAAGGCAAGGAACCCCAUGAUUCUACCUCCCCCAGGGAUGGAAUGGAAGAUGGGGAAGUGACAGAAUCCACUCCCCAAAAAGUAGAGCGUGAAGAAGGAAGUGAGAGAGUUGCUGCUGAGAAAGAGGAGCCGCAAACAAUACAGGAACAAAUAAAGACUUCCUUAGAUACCGAAGCAAAGCAGGAAAGUACAGAGGUUCCUAGUAAAGAGAAAACACUUUUACCACAGACCAUAUCAAAUCCCUCGCCUUUCAGAACUCGCUGUGCAUCUCUAGGAGAUCUGCUGAAUGAAUCGAAAAAUGCAGAAAAAGAACUUCUGGGUCCAGGCUUCCGCAAGGAGCCCCAAUCCUGCCUGGCUAAAAUGGAGGAGAAAGUGGCUUGCGAAAGGGAAAAGACAGAAAAACUUCUGCAAAAGGUUUUAUGCCAAGAGUUAGAACAAGCACACAAGGGAAAUGGACCCCCAGUAAACGCAGAGACAUUACUCAAUGAGGCAGUAGAACAGCUUCGGCAAGCAACACAAGUCCUACAAGAAAUUAAAGGGUUAGGAGAACUGAAUAAGGAACCGACAGAGAAACAGAAAGAAAAGCCGAAGGAUCUAGUAACUCUUUAUAGGAGAAGUGCUCCCUGAGAUGUACUUAAGACGACACUUCUUUCUUACAAUCAAGCUAAAAAUUUGCUAUUUACGACUUAUACCAUUGCUUGGCCAGUGUUAAAUAAGGUUAUGUUUUGCUAUGCACACACGAUGCAUUCAGAGCAGGGCAUUUCAGUUAUAAUUUUCUUUUUGUUAUGUCUUUAUGCCAUAUUCCCAUCCCUGAUCACAAUAGGAAGUUAGAGGAUAUUGAACAUCAGUUGCAAAAAUGUGAAUAUUCUUUAAGGUCUUGAUCCAAAGCUCAUUGACGUCAGCGGAAAACCACCAAUGGGCUUUGGAUUAGGCCCCCCCAAAAAAAAAAACCACAAACCCACCACCACAACACUUGUAAUCAGACUAAAGGUCAGUUUUUCAAAGGAGGGCAUGGAUAUUCCAGCAGAAUAUUCAUGUGUGCAUGUAUAAAUUGGCAUGUAAGACAUGGAAUUACCCCGUUUGCACUGGCACCCAGAGAGUUUUGCCAAUGAAAUCAUUCCACUGGGAAUCUGGCCGGAAACGUCCGUAAAUUUUGCUCAGUUUGUUCACUUACUGACAGAUUUUGACUACCUGGCCCAAUCAUAUUCUGGAACAAAUGGUUAACAGUUUCCAUAGAUACUCAUUAAACACAUCGGCAGUUCAAAAAUUGACUUAGAAAUCUGCACAAAACUGGCAAACUGGUGAUGGUAAGUAAUUGUUUUCAGCUCUAGGCCAGACUCAAACACAACAAUCCUUCCGUGUUCUAAGCACUGUACAAGUAUUCAUUAAGCCUCAAACUACCAUUGCCAAGCAAGUAUUAUUUUUCCUGUGGGGAAACAGGCAGGGAUGUGAAGUGAUUUGCCCACAGAAGGAGUUCAUUUCAGAGCCAGGGAUAGAAUUUAGCAAUCUUACCCCUAACUCUGUGCUCAUUCUCCUAGCCAGUGCUGCUAUGUUUGAAAUACCUGCUCCUGGCCGAAGCAGCCCAAAAUGUUCAUUUUUAAGCAAUACAUUGACCUGGUAACUAGAGUCUCCUGUAUUUGUAGAAGUAAAUAGUCGGUCAGCUGUUUGGAGGCUUAUGGGAGCGGUUGGCUGGUUCUGAAAGUAGACUCUCCCCUUGCUGUGUGUCGAGCAGCCUUGUCCUGGGAGGUUGACUGAUGACAUGUCCAUCAUGGCAACUGGUUUUGAUGGAACGUCUAAUCAUAUCAUUUUAACAGGGAAAUGCAUUUUGCAGUUUAAUUCUUGGUGGGUAGGCGGCUGAACUCAGUACACUGAAACGAAGGAGGCAUUACUAAAUAAGGGCCCGGUCUGGUUCCCAUGGAAGGCAAUGGCAAAAUGCCCCGAUUCUUGGUCCUCCUGUUAAAGGAAGUUGCAUCUCAUGAGAGAAAUGUGAUGAAAUAGGAAUAGUCAUGGUGACAAAAUGAUUACAAAACUGUGUCUUGCACGACAAAGAUUAAAAGUGUAAGCACCAUUUUCACCCUCAGACAACACGUGUGGAUGUGAAUUGGGUCACCUACCUGCCAGUCCAAGUUCAGCGAUGCUCAUUUACCCACCAAAUCAGGUCAUCACAGGGCGCAGGUGCAUCCCUUUUAUCCUCCUUUCAGAGUUUUGCCCUAAAAUAGUCAUUCUCAAUGGCACCACAUCAACUACCCCGGGAUUCAAAGUGCCACCACCGCUUUGGCUUUAUCUAGGCCUGUGCAGUGGAGGAAGGAUUGGAUCUUUCUCAGCUGAUCUUAUGGAGCUCCGGGGAAUGCAGGUGGAUGUUGAAUAGCUAAGGCCCAGCAGAACAGGAAGAAUUUCUGAGCCAGAAGAGAGAGUUCAACUUGGCAGUUCUCAUUGCUAAAGUAUCUACACUACCCAGUAGCUUGUGCCAUCUGCCCCUGCCAAGUACUAAGCCAGGAGCAUGCUAUACAUCUUUAUCUCAGGUUCCUUCUCCGGUAGCUCCCUGAGGCUCCCUGGUGCCCCAUGCUGCAAACAUCUACCAGAGCAGCAGCAAAGUAAAACUCAAACUACAGCUGAAUUAGGAAGGAGGGAGGGGAAAAACUGAUGAGCGCUCCUUACAGCCCUGACCUAAAGCAUUUCAGGAACUGAAAAAUGGGAACAUCCCAGAUAAGAGCUAGGUAGUCACUCAACCAGACACUUCCACAUCGAGUGAUUAGAACAGACUUGUUUUAAGCUGCCUCAUUCUCAAGCCAGUCAUAGGAGUUGUAUUGAAAGUCUCUCAUUAUUCCAUCACCCAGGCAGUUUCUGCAUAGUAGAAUUUGCUUGAGUUUCAGGUGCCAAAACAGCCCUGCGUUUAGACACCGGAUUUCCAGAUAUAUGCAGUCCAGAGCAUAGUCCCCUUGAUGCAGGCCACGGAUGAACUCUGGUUCUGCAUAAUUUACUGCUGUAGAGUCAAUGUGAACGGAAGUAUCUUGUUUUCUUAUGAGAUGUACUUAUAAGACAAGGGCUAACAAUACAGGCUUAGUCUAUUCAGUGCCUACCAGCUUCUAAUACGUAUUUUUCUGCAUGUGCACUUUUGUUUACCGAACACUGUGUGAUGUGAACAUGAGCUGUACAAACCUGGUGUGUACAGAAUGUCUUGGGACAUCAGCCUUCAGGGAGAAGGAGGCAUUUGUGAGAUAAAAUUGUAUAACAAAAGAAUAAAAUGGAUGAUUAAUGGAGAUGUAUAUGUAAUAGGGAUGCACCCAGACCAGAAUCAUGAUCUGGCUAUGGUCAACAUUUGGAUGCAUAUUAAAAUCCCAGUGCUGAAGCUGUCCCUUAUCCCUAUUAGGGCCAAACCAAACCUCUGGAUUUGAAUACCCUUGAACAUUGGGGAAGGUCUGGAUCCAGCUCAGACUCAUCUCUGAUAUACAAGUAUUUUGUCAUCACCAUGUGCCACCUAUUAAAUAUCUACCUACUGCAGUGCUGACGAAGAGUCCCAGAUACCCCUAUCUAUUGCAGCAAGAAUCUACAGGAUGUGCUUAUAUUUACUGUAUUUUUUUAAUCAUACUGAAUAUUCUAAUGUCUGACAUUUUACUGAACCCCCCAAUAGGAAUCUUAACAGAAGACACCUGAAUCUGUUAGGAGAUGGGAGAGCUAAACCUUUUUACAAGCCAGAGCUAAAUACUGUACGCACUAACGUCACUUACCUUUAUGUACUAUGUCUUGUAAAUAACUAUAAAUUAAGUGAACUCUCUUUUUAACACCCAGUGUCUCCGUGGCUGAAAAUGUUGCGUUAAUUAAGGAAAAAUAGCCUUUUGUAUAGGUUUAGCAGUUUCUUUCUACAGUUACUAGUCCACCUAGAAUUUUUGGUCGACUGGGCUUUUAUAUAUAAACAAAGCUUCGUGGUUUGUUUAGAACAUUUAAUUCUGAAGUUUUCGCACAUGUUAUUCUUGUUCAGGGUGUAAGCCAAUCUCUGCCUAAUGGGAACGGCAGGUCAUUCCAUAGCUGUCUUCUGGGUUUCUUGCACUUUCCUCUUAAACAGCAAGUACUAGCCAUUGUCACAGCCGGGUUCUGGAGUAGAAGACCCAUUAUGCUGAUCUAGCAGGACAGUUCCAGUCUUCAUUUUACCUACCACCAAUGAGUGCACCUAGCUUUUCUUCACUCAAGCUCCCCAGCUGUACUAAGCUUGCUUUCUCACGUCUGAAGAGGCUGUGGGCGCGUCGAGAUGGAACGUGACUCAAUUUCAGAUUUGUACGAGGCCUGCCAGAGCUGCAUGGUUCCGACAGGAAGGAAGUGAAUGCACUAGUGCGUGGCAGUGAAUGAUUGUAUCUGAAAAUCUGUCAUGGCUCUUGGAAAGGCAACGCUGCCUUCUGCGUGUAAAGAGCUUUGAGAUUUGGCAAUAAAGCUCCUUUUUAAGCACACUCCGCUUCAGAGCA